AUGUCCGCGGAUGAGUCAGGUGUAAUCAAAUCUUCAGAAUUUUCAGUAACAAGUGAGAAUUUUUCCUCUAAUGAAGUAGUACGGUCUCUACCCCCUGGUGUUAAGCUAUAUGCUAAAUUAAUAAUUUCAAGACGGGAAGAUAAUGUGUUUAAACAAUUUAACUCAUCUAUUCGUGAUAGUUUAGCCAUUGCUGUAAACUUCUCACCAUAA